AUGUAUCGGCCACCUGUGGCGAGGGCCAGGAAGAGAACGUGUGUGGAGCCCUGGGUUAUUGGCCUCAUCUCUUUUUUAUCCCUAAUUGUCGUGGCUGUGUGCAUUGGACUCACUGUUCACUAUGUCAGAUAUAAUCAACGGAGGACCUACAAUUACUACACCACAUUGCCAUUCACAAGUGACAAGCUAUAUUCUGAGUUUGGAAGAGAGGCUUCUAAAAAUUUCACAGAAAUGAGCCAGAGAAUUGAAACUAUGGUGAAAAAUGCAUUUUAUAAAUCUCCAUUGAGGGGACAACUGGUCAAAGCUCACAUUAUCAAGUUCAGUAAAGAAUAUGAUGGAGUGUCAGCUCACAUGUUGCUGAUCUUCCGAAUUCGCUAUACUGAGGAUCCUGAAUCUGUGCAUCAAAUUGUCGAAUACGUUCUGCGUGAAAAGCUGAAACACGCUGCAGGACCCCCCAACGUUGAUCCUGAAUCAGUUGAAAUUAAAAAAAUCAACAAGACAGAAACAGACAACUAUCUCAACCAUUGUUGUGGGACACGGCGAAAUAAAUCUACAGCACAGACUAGUCUCAGGAUUGUUGGUGGGACACAAGUAGAAGAGGGAGAAUGGCCAUGGCAAAGUAGCCUGCAGUGGGAUGGGUCGCAUCGCUGUGGAGCAGCUUUGAUCAACAACACAUGGCUCGUGAGUGCUGCUCAUUGCUUUCGAACGCAUAAGGACCCAUCCAGAUGGACUGCUUCCUUUGGAGCAACAAUACAACCUCCAAAACUGAGGACAGGCCUUCGAAGGAUAAUCGUUCAUGAAAAAUACAAAUACCCAUCGCAUGACUAUGACAUUGCACUUGCAGAGCUUUCUAGGCCGGUCCCCUGCACAAAUGCAGUGCACAAGGUUUGUCUCCCUGAUGCAAACCAUGAAUUCCAUCCAGGGCAGAAGAUGUUUGUGACAGGAUUUGGAGCAUUGCAAAAUGAUGGUUUCACCCAGAAUCACCUUCGGCAAGUACAGGUGGACUACAUAGACACGCAAACCUGCAAUCAACCUCAGUCUUACAAUGGUGCCAUCACUCCUAGAAUGUUGUGUGCUGGCUUCUUAAAAGGAGAGAAAGAUGCAUGCCAGGGUGACUCCGGAGGUCCACUGGUUGCUUCAGAUGUUAGAGAUAUCUGGUACCUUGCUGGUAUAGUGAGCUGGGGAGAUGAAUGUGGCCAACCCAAUAAGCCUGGUGUUUAUACUAGAGUGACUGCCUUCCGGGACUGGAUUGCUUCCAAAACUGGUAUCUAAAGCAGAAAUACCCAGUGGGAUGAAAUGGAUGUCUUUGUCUGUAGGCCGUUCUUAGAGUCACAAACUGCAAAAGAAGAUUUAUAAAUUAGGAGAACCUGAGCCAUCUGAAGUGUAUAUUUCCUUCCCAGCUUUGCUCUUCACAUGAGUGUCUUGCUGCUGCAAGAUGGACUUUGCCAACCUGCACUCUUUUAUUUUCUAUGAGUUUCCUGUAGCCAAAAUUUGGAUUUGCUGCUCCA